GUAUUAUAGCUUCGAUGCAGCCGAAGUUUACGAUUUAUCUAGUUUUGAAUAUUUAUUAAUAUAAAAGGCAAGAUGUCGAGAUGUCUUAAAAUAAUUAACAUCAACAUUAAAAUGAACACGCUUGCAUACGACUCACAUUGUUUCAGAAACAUCUGAUUGCAUAUGCAUAUACCUACAUAAGUCAUAUGGAAAUAUGAAAAAAGAUCUGAAAUUUGAAACGACUGUUGGGGAUAACGUUAGCGAAUGUUCACUUAAUCAACUUGAAAUUAAUUGGGAGCAGUUGUUUUACUGAGUGAAAGAAUAAGAUUACGAAGGUUUACAUUGCCAAUUAAUUUAACAUUCUACUGUGUGACAUAAUCAAAAUGCAUUAUUAAGGCUUUAGGAGACUUUAUCAGGGUCAAAAAUAUGCAAGACGUGUAUAAAAAUUAGUUGCGAUUCAGAUUUGUUCUAUCAUACUUCGAGCGUAUAUGCCGUUAUGCAGUUUCGAGCUGAGUGAUAUUAGUAUAGUCCCAGUUUAAAACAGCUCUCUUAUUAUCUGCUACAAGUUACAAAUUUUCAAAGAAAAGAACAAAAGAAUUAUAUUGAUCGAAGACAACUAAUUGCCAUUUCCACAACACAAAAUUGAUUCAAAUUGAGACUCACGCAAGUAAAUACAUAAUUAUAAACAAUAAGACUAUUAUAGGAAGAUAUAUUAUAAAAUGGAACGGAAAGAACGGAAGAAUAUUUAAGGGCAACCAGGUAUUCAUACAUCAAAUUUCUUCUGAAUUUCUGUUCGCUGAAUUUCUAGAUAUUUUUCACUUUGUGAGUUUUAACAUUUAAAAUUGUUUUUUGAUAUAAACUGCCUACAGCUGUUGAAAGCUGAAAUUCUAUGGCAAAAAGAAAUAUCAUAGUAAUUACCAGCUUCUACCUUGAAUUCUCCCAAUAAAUAAAGAAUUUGCGAAUUGUACUACUCAAAAGUAUAGAUAGCUUCUUGGGAAGAAAAGGACGUGUGCAAAAUUCGUGUCAAACUAAACAGGGUAUACUGUUUAGGGAAUAAAAAUAUGGUUUCUUAUUAAGAGAAUGUAGUUACUGCUUACUAAAUCAUCAAUUGACUUUACUUGACUUGGUAGCAUCAAAAAUUCUGACUCCUGGCAAAGUAAUUGAGUUGUUUAGCAUUUCAAUUAUUAUUAUUCUUGCCAAUUUUUCGUACUCGUAUAUAAUUGCACACGCACGUGAUACUAUCAUAAAUAUUUGCGAUGUACGAAAAUACAAAAAAGAACAUAGCAAAAUUAUUCAGAAAGCGUCAUAAUGCAACUGAGGGAAAACAUGGCACGAUAGAUAAGCAAACAAAAACAAAUGAAAGCUAAAAAGCAUGAAUAUAAUGAUAAUUUCAAGUACUAGAAUCUGGAAGAACUGGCAUUUCUAUUCGCAGUAUUUUGAUGAUAAUCUGAAUCAGUUGAUUCCUCGAGAUUGCCGAAAUCGGUUAGAUAGAUAGCUAAUAUUGAUCGUUUACUUAUAAAUUCGCUCGGUACUAGUUGAUUUACGGUAUUCAUUGAGUGCGUGUUUUGAGAUUUAUUAGUUAUUUAGAAGGGAAAGGUGGCUAUUGAUUCACAUAGGAAGUCAGGCGAUGUAAAACUUUGAAAUGAAGGCAAAUAUUCACCUGUUUGAAGUCAGAUAAUUAGAUAUUCAAUUGCGUGGGCUAUGGAAAUGACAUUCUGACCAAAAAUAAAGUGAAUAAAAAUACAUACAUAUAUAUGUAUAUAAUGGUUUCCGAAUGGGAAGUUAUAAAAAUGAUGUUAUUUUAAACGUUUUAGCGAUAUACCAAGAUUUAACAUGUCAGCAGAGGCAACAAAUGGCAGCAGCCCUUCACCUGCUCCCUCCGCGGAACCACCAGUUGCUGAGGUAGCGCAAUUGGCUUUGGAGGAUGAACCGAAAGUUAGCUUUGCUGAUGAGUUCAAGGCCUUCGCCAAAUUCGGUGAUACAAAAUCAGAUGGCAAAUUAAUUACUCUAUCGCAGAGCGAUAAAUGGAUGAAACAAGCUAAAGUAAUCGACAAGAAAAUCACAACUACUGACACGGGCAUACAUUUCAAGAAAUUCAAAGCGAUGAAAAUCUCACUUGCCGAUUAUAAUAAAUUUCUGGACGAUUUGGCUAAAGCGAAAAAGGUCGAAUUGAGUGAAAUUAAAUCGAAGAUGGCGGGUUGUGGGGCUCCUGGGGUGCUGCAGGUUUCGGCUGGCAAAGCCGCAUCGGCCGUGGAACGUCUCACGGACACCAGCAAGUACACUGGAUCUCACAAAGAACGGUUCGAUGCCUCGGGCAAGGGCAAAGGCAUUGCUGGUCGCAAAGACUUGGUGGAUGCAUCUGGCUACGUCUCCGGGUAUCAGCACAAAGACACAUACGGCAACGCUCAUUAAAGGCAAUAAAUUGAGAUUCAUAAAUACAUAUAUAAUCUUUAAAAAAUUAAAAAAUGUUUGAUUAAAAAAUCACAAAAGAACAUAAAUGUAGAUUUUUAGAUGCCACAAUAUUUUGUACGCAUUUUUUUAAUAUUCCAGCUAAAAUAGUUUUAUUAUAUGUAAAUAGACACUUAUGUAACAGUACGUAUUAAUUUUCACAACUUGUGGUCACCUUCUGCAGCAAAGUGUUGAAUUUUUGUGAUACUUAAAUUAAUAUUAAAUGAAUAAAACGAUCUAAAAUUAUUUAUUUAUUAAAGAUUGGCUCUCAUUCUCUCAA